GUUAGGGGGCAGUGGCGGUUGCGCACGUAUCACGGCAGCAUUAGAAGAAGCAGGCGGAGUUCUGCACGCUUUCGGAGGGCUUUGCUGCUCGGUGAUAAAAGUGAAACUUUUCCGACAUCAUGAACGGAUCCUCACACAACGCGCCGAGCGAUGUAGAAAUUACGCUGAAAAGAGGCCCGGCUGGUCUGGGGUUUAAUAUAGUGGGUGGAGUGGACCAGCAGUAUCUUACGAAUGACAGUGGAAUCUAUGUGGCAAAAAUCAAAGAAAACGGAGCAGCUGCACUGGAUGGACGUCUGCAGGAGGGAGACAAAAUUCUUGCGAUAAAUGGCCGAAAGUUGGACAAUCUGUCUCACGGUGCAGCAGUGGAGCUGUUUCGGUCUGCAGGGGAAGAUGUGCACCUUCACAUACAGCAGCAACCUAUCCCGCAGAACGGCCCCACCAGCUCUCGUGCCGAUGGAGAAUCUUCAUCAAGUUUCGGCACAUGGACAAUGUAUACUGUAAUCGGCCUGGCAAUAGUAACAGCAGGUUUCAUCGCUUACAAACGCUUUCAGUUGCACCCCCGGGGGCCCAGGGGCCCGUUUUAACCCAUCACAUGAUUACAUGACAUUUUACAGACUAAAUCUUUUUUCUUUUUUUUGAACUGUUUCUGCUGAGGGCCCAAACAUUAACAGGGAGCGAAAAUGGAAGCCAGUUAAUGUUAGCAGAACUUGCAGAUUUUCUUUAAUUGUUUAUACCAUGCUAUGACCACACACUUGUAGCUGUAACAGGUUUUCACAAUUCAUUUGGUGAUAAUCAUUGGCGCUUAAACAAAAUACCCUGCAUGCCUGAUGACAAUGCAUGGUGGAGGAAUAAGGGAACAGGGAUGUUGAGCACGGUGUUUGGAUCAACAGCUGCAGAAAUCUCCAUAAUCUAGACAGACGGGCUGCAGGCAGGAGACCGAGACUGAGGUGGAGCUGUGUUUCUGGGCAGAAGACAGGCCCACAGAAGAUGAUUUUUCUCGUGUUGUACCUCCAGAGUGCUGGAAUGAGCCCGAGGUGUGCCAUUCGAUUUUUUUUGAGGUCUUCUCAGGUACCUGCUUGUGCAAGAGUAUGUUUGAAAGUGUGCAUGAUGUGAAUGGAGUUAGCUUUUUCAUUUUUAAUACUUUAAUUUCUCACUCAUCCAUGUUCAGACAUGGCGGAUGCAUUUUUGUGGCUGCGGUAGUGAUGGGGGACGUGAAGACGUUUGAAUCGUUUAUUUGCCAUCAGGGCUUGGCCUUGUAUUUGCUCUUCCUCCCUCAGGGGAAAAAAACUAGAGGUGGCACUUGUUAGAAUUCACAAUCAGAAUGAAAUGAUAUAUUGUUGAUGUUGUAUAUGGCUUGUGUUUCUGGAAUCGUCUUGUCUCGUACACUAAUGUUUAUCUGCACCUCUCAGCUCGUGCCUUGCCAUGUUGAGCUGCUGGUCUCAGUGCUGCUCCCUGUCUGCAGUCCGAGGGGCGGCAGCUUGUGCUGUUUCUGACUGUAAAAUCUGUUCUGUAACUGGCAAAUGUGUGUUUUGUGUUGUCACGGCGGUUCUUCGCUAGGUCUGUGUGGAUGAUACCACAUGUAAGUCUUCAUGAAAUGCUCAUUCACGUUUCACAGUUAGAAUCAUGUUACUCAUUCACAUGCAUCGUGCAUUGAAUAAAUCAUUUGUUUCAAAAAACA